GUCCGAGCGAGCCGCCCUUGCCAAUGGCGACCCGAAAAAGCAGCGGGGCCGCCCCAAGAAACCGGAGCGCUCCUACCUCGGAGAGCGGCAGCUGCCACUCAGAGGCCAGCUCCGUCAAGUCCUCGCGCUCCACCAAGGCUCGCAAGGGCGCGCCCUCGCCGGCGAACGGCGCGCUGCCGGCCAAGGAGGCGCGCCGCAAGCCUUCGGGGGACCGCCUGCUGGUGGACGUGGCUAGCCUGUGUCGGCGCACGCCCACCGACCUGGCCAAGAGCAAGCGGACGCCACCGCCGCCGCGACUGACCGACUCGCCGGCCCCGCACGCCGUGCGCGUCAAGCCCAAGCGGCCGCGCGUGGUGCCCGGCCUGACGGCGCGCAAGUCCAUCUCGCCCGACCUGCCACCUAGCGAGCCGGAGGUGGCGCUGCCGGCGCCGCCGGUGCCGCGCCGCGGCCGCAAGGCGCGGGCUGGCGACGCCGAGCCCAAGCGGAAGCGGCGCACCGACCGGCAGCCGUCGGCGGAGCGGCUGCUGGCCGUACCGCGACCGCACGGCGGCCAGCGCUGGUGCCACGCCUGGUCCUUCCAGGGCGAGGGGCAGAUGAAGAAGAUUCUACUCAGGAACGAUAACCAGAUGGUGGAGCGUCUUUGCUACCCGUCGAUGCGGCACCAGGAGGGGGACGAGAUCCACCUCAGGGACUGUGUCCUGCUGCGCUCCGGCCAGAAGGACGAGAUGCCUUUCGUCGGCAAGGUGGCGGCCAUCUUCCAGAACCCAGAGGACAACGAGAUGCUGGUAUCCCUGCUCUGGUACUACCGGCCGGACCACACCGAGGAGAGCGACGAGACUCAGCAGGAGCCGGGCCAGGAGACCAGGCCGCCGCCGGCUCCUGGUCCCGGUCAGGAGCUGAAGCCGGCCGCCGGCCCCCACGAGCUGAAGAGCGUCUCGCCGGCCGAGGUGUUCGCCUCCAAGCACCGUGACACAAACUCAGUGGCGUGCAUCGAGGACAAGUGUUUCGUGCUGACCUGGAAUGAGUACUGCAGGUACGUCAAGUUCCUGGCGCAGUGCCGGCAGGGGAUUCCUUCGCAGCCAAGCGAGGUGCCCGAGGCCCCUGACGAGUAUCCGCGGGCGUCCAUGCUCCCGCCGGCCAGGGUGGCCCCCGACCGCAUCUUCUUCUGCCGGCGCGUGUACGACUUCAAGUCCAAGCGUAUUCUGAAGAACCCCGCCUAGCGGCCGCCGGCGCCGCGCGGACUCCGGGCAGAGCGGCCAGAGGGAGAGAGCGGGCGCAGGAGCGGUUGAAUCUUGUGAUAAUUUGCGCGGACGGUUCCGCGGCCCCCGCGCGCAGCCCGCGCUGCUCGAUCCCCAGUGACAGUGGGUCGCCUUGACCGGCCGGUGGAGCGGUGGACGAAGUGUGGACAACGCGGCCGGCGCAGCGGCAGCCUGCCAAUCUGGCCAAAGUCGCGCGCUGCGUUCCCGCCGACGCUCCCGUUACCAUGGAGACGCAGCGUGCCGCGCGAAGGUCGGAAAGGUCAGGAUCCCCGGACGUCGGUCCCCAAAUUGCCGGUCCGCGCGGUCGGAGGCGCUCUUCUCGAGUGCCACGGCCCUGUACAAACGUAUUUUUGUACGUUCUUUUGAUAGCAUCCCCGUCGCGUCAUAACACACGUCAUACAUGCGUGCGAAGUGCCAGUCCCCGUUCACCGGCAGAAGUUACAGUACACAAACAGUCGCCGGCCGCCGCGGCCGGUGCCGUCGAGCCCAGCGCGCCGCUUUGGCCGCCGAGUGAGUCCGUUGUUGUUACGCGUCCGGAGCAGGGUGGAGCGGACGCCCGCGACCGUCGACGAUCGCCGCGGUUUGUCACGGUUGUUGAAUUCGGCCGGUGCUGGUGAAGGUUGCUGACGGACACGGGUGCUAGCGGAGGGUAUCGCAGAGCUGGUAGAGCUUUACUCGUUCUGUUACGUAUUGCUGGCAGUGGCGGGAGCGCUGGUGGCGCCGCGCUGCGGCCGCCAGGUGAAACACGGCUCACGAGCAGCCCCGUCCGCACCUGGUUUGCGUGUUGUUUCGUGCGGCGUUUGUUCUGUGAUGUCCUAACCACUUAGCGUGUGGUCGGGGGCCGGCGGGCGUUCAGCACGCACUCACCGGUGUCGGGGUUUCUGCACACGUAGGGGCCACGGCGGCCGUAGUUCAUGUUUUAGCCGCAAGGUGUCGCGCAUUCCACCGGGACGCCGCUGCAUAUAUAUUCCGUACCGCUAGGGAUCCGUGUCUAGACAUGUGUUACCUCUCCGCUUCUCCCCCUGUUUGUCGGUUUUUCUUCCACGGUUUCGAGGACUACGCGGCGUCGGACGUGUUGGCCCCGAUCGUGUACAUUUGAGCUGGAGUGUGCGUCGUGUGCACAGCUUUAAUCAAAUACUUUUACAAGUGUGAGCGCGUAAGCCGACGCGAGAACGUGGAGUCCCUUCGCUAGGGAUCUUGAGUGUCUGUGUAGAACUCCUGAUAAAUUUUAUCUCCACCACCUCAUAGUUAGGCCUUGCUAGCGUGCCUUGUGUGUGCAAUGUACUGUUUACAAAUACAUGAUUAUAC